CUUCCAAACCACACGAUAAAAGCCGCGGGAGACGGCGUCCUCGUUGCACGUGGCGCUUGCCAGUUGCGACAACAACUCAUUCGCUGCGCGGCCACGCCGCUCGGCCCGCAAAAACCACGUCUGCGCCGUAAAAACGCUCCAGUAGCCGCGGAAGGAUGCUCGCGGCGCGCCUCCUGCGCGGCGCGCGUGGAGCACUGCGGAGUGCGACGCCCGUCGCCAAGCGCCGCCUCGCCCUCCCGCCGCACAAUGUGGUAAGCGUCCCCGCGCUCUCCCCAACAAUGGAGACCGGGACGAUCGCGCGGUGGCACGUCGCGGAAGGCGACGCCUUCGGCGCCGGCGAUAGCAUAGCGGAGGUCGAGACGGACAAGGCGUCCAUGGAGUGGGAGAUGCAGGACGAUGGGGUCGUGGCGAAGCAUUUGGUGGCGCCGGGCACCGAGGUGGCCGUAGGAACGCCGGCCGUGGUCCUGGUCGAGGAUGCGGCGGACGUGGGCGCCUUCGCGGACUUCGAGGCUCCCGCCGGCGCUGUACCCGCGCCGGCGCCGGCCGCCGCGCCGGAGCCGGCGCCAGCACCGGCCGCCGUGCCGGCCGCCGCCCCCGUCGUCCCGGUAGCAGCGCCGGCGCCGGCCGCGCCGUCAGGCGGACGCGUCGCCGCGUCGCCGCUCGCCCGCAAGGAGGCGCAGGCCAAGGGCGUCGACCUGUCGCGCAUCGUCGGCACCGGCCCCGGCGGCCGCGUCACCUUCGACGACGUUCACAAUGCCCCGGCCCAGGCCGGCGUCGCCCAAGCGCACGCGUCGGACUACGCCAUCUCGCCGGAAGCCGCUUAUCUAGCCGCGAAGCUCGCCCACUCGGCCCAGACGGCGCCGCACUACUACCUGACGAUGGACAUACAAGUGGGGAAAGCACUAAAGCUGUUGGAGGAGCUCAACGCGGGCGAAGACGCGAAGAUCGGCCUCGGCGACCUAUUCGUGAAGGCGGCGGCGAAUGCGGCGGUGGCCGUUCCCGACGUGAACGCGUCGUGGCUCGAUGGCGUCGUGAGGCAGUACCAGCGCGUGGACGUCAACUUAGUCGUGGGCGUCGGUGAGGGUCUGCGGGCGCCGGUCCUGAUUGGUGUCGAAGAUAUGUCGCUGAAGGAUGUCGCUACUGCCUCUGCGACGGCGAUGGAGGAUGAAUCGCCCUACAUGGCUGGUACGAUGACGGUACAAAACUUAGGCGCGUUCGGUUUGAGCAGCGCGGCGCCCGUCGUGCACACGCCGCAGGCCUGUUGCCUGGCGCUCGGGGCCGUCGUCGAUGCCGCGGCGCUCGUCGACGGGAAGGUCGUGUCGCAGCCCAAGCUCGCGGCGACGCUCGCGGCGGACCACCGCGUCGUCGACGGCGCGGUCGGCGCCGCGUGGCUGGCGGCGCUGCGGGCGCUCGUCGAGGCGCCGGCCAAAUUGCUCCUUUAGAGCGCGUUCCUAUCCUAUAAGUCAUCGUGAUCAUA